AUGCAUCUGCCAAUUACACAAUUCUGUAGCCAAUGCUGCUUCGGAAGCGGAAAAGAAAGAGGAUUGGCAAGGACAAAAAGGGGAAGAGAGCUAGCGUAUAACUUCCCGUGGAUCAAGCGAUGGAACAUACCCCCUGUAGGGGGAUACUCGAAAGGACUUUUUAUGCCCGAUAUUUCUAUGACUGAUAGCAAGGAAGAUAGGAGUAGUCCUAGGACUAUUCCUUCGGUAUAUCUAUCUUACAAUAUCACAUCCGGGAAUGGAAGACAUCGGGUUGCCGUCUUGCCUUCUUCGGCUGCUAUGUGCGGUCAAACAUCUGCUAUCUCUUCCAUACCUAGCCAUAAUGAGCAGCUCGCAGCUCACUGGCAACGUUGGGAGGAUAGAAAGAAAUCUGAUCAACAAGACGUGUUACGAGAGAAAGCUAAGGCUGGGCAAGGGCUGAUUCAAACUACCUUCACUCCUCAACCAGCAGCCGAUACCUAUCGUCCUAUUAGUCUUAGUGGACCAUCUUCGGAAAAAGCUAUGUCUCAGAAUGUGCAUACCUCUUCCGCAUGGUCCGCCUAUGGCGAUUGGUUAAACAUUGAGUCAAGGGCUAUGCCAACUCCAGCUACAGUCACUUCUAUUCUAUGA